CUCUUCUUCUAUUUUUUCCAUUAUAUAGAAAAAAUACAAAUAUUUUGAAAAACAAAUAAAUUCUUCCAAACAUUUUAAAGUUUAUUAAUUAAAAUUUAAAAUGACCUUAUCGCCGGGAGUAAAAGAACGUUUAGAAGUUGUUUACGAAAUUGCCAAGACCACCUUUCAUUGGGGUUUUGUACCCAUGGUCUUGUAUUUGGGUUUUAAAAAAGGCGCUGAACCUGGCAUGCCACCACUGACAUUGAUGAGUCUAUUGUGGCAGUAAUUUAUGGAAAACUUAAUUAUUUAUUUAUGGGAGGGUUCUAAUCUUUAAAUCUUGUUUAAGGAAAGCAUUUUCUUUAAUAAAAUAAUAUAAAUUUAAAAAAAAAA